AUGUUCGGGCACGUGCAGCGGUGGCACAUGCCGGAGCCUGAGAACGAGGAUGCGCGCGGGUGGAGCAAGCGGGAGGACGUCGUGGUUGGGAAGGUGACGUCUGACAGGAUGGACAAGACGGUCGUGGUGUCCAAGAGGCGGCAGUACACGCACAAGUGGUACGGGUCGUGGGCGAGGUUCACCAAGUACUAUGCCCACGACGAGGACAACUCCUGCAGGAUCGGGGACACCGUGCUGCUGACGCCGGAGAAGGAGGCGCGCAGGCGCUCCAAGCUCAAGUGCUGGAAGGUCUCGCACAUCCUCAAGAGGGACGAUGCGCACGAGUUCGCGGUCAAGGCGAACGCGAUCGACCGAGCGCUGCGGGGCGUCGGCGUCGCCCUGCCCGACGAGCUCCCCGCGCAGUGUGCCAGCCCCCUGCCGCGGGACGCCGUGUCGCUGCUGCAGCGCGACAAGCGCCAGGUCGAUGCGGCGAAGCAGCGGGUCGCCCGCAAGGGCGCCGAGGCGGACCCGCAGUGA